AAUAUAUGGUAAAACCCACCUAUCUUCUGCGGAUAUGAAACCACUUCCAUUUGUGAGUCUGAAACAGAAGAAGUUUCGUUUAAAACCUGACAAAAUCUCGAACAUGCAUCCGUCACCAACGGAGCUUAUUAUGUUCACAAUUGCGUUGAGAAGCUGUCAUUCUUAAAUUUAUUCUUGUUGAGGUAUCAUCAUUUGAGUGCAGUACAGACUUUCAAGUGAGUCACACUUACAAACAUUAGUGUAAAUUGAUUAUACAUGCGUCAGUUCGACUUUGAAUUUAAUCAGAAUGACAAAUCGUACAAAAAUUCGAAUCAAGUACGUCGAAUAACUCGAAGAUAACCUUAAAUCAAGUGGCAAGUUGUCUCAAAACACUCAAUAAGCACCAAGCAACUCAGAUCGAAGAAAUCAGACUAAGUUUAUUGAUAUCAAUUAAUCCAGUCUUCAGUCUAUAGUCAUAAAAAAAAAUGGCAUGGCUAGGAGCCAUUGCUUCUGGUGUGGUACUACGGAACAUUCUUGGUGUCGCCAAUCAACCUGAUAAAAUCCUAGAAGUUAAACCAGAGCAGUAUGGAAAUCGCACAAUAUGUUGUCGAGAAGAUGGUAUAGUUUUAUAUGGACCCGAUCACGCGAAGAAAGAGAAAUUUGAAAUUGUUCUACACAGACCUUAUACCGAGACCACCCACCAGGCGUACAGCUUGUUCCGGUCUGAAACCAUAGAGCCAGCGGAACAUCGCUUUAAUAUUUACAAGGACAAAGUUCCCGUCCUUGUCCAAAUCUCCAAAGAGCUGUGCAAUACUAAUGGGAUUCGAAGGCUCUGCGAUAUCCUCAUUGAUCAUCCAACAUGGACUUUAGCUCAUGUUGCAGCCCAUCUCACAUUAUACAAUGCUUUCAAUUAUGCUGCAGUCAACAGUCACCUAAACAGCAGUGACCGUGCCACAGGAAUCUCACCCUUGCAGGUUGCCGUUCAGUCGAAUAACCUGAGACUCGUGCAGAUGCUAGUGGCGGCUAAAAGUUCACUAGAGCAUUUAGACCAUAACGCUAAUACCGUCUAUCAUUAUGCUGCAGACACUUCGAAAGAUAUAAUCCUUACACUAGGUGCAGGGCUUCCUAAUAGUCUAAACUCCAGAAACAACAAUGGCCAAACACCACUGCAUGUCGCUUGUCUGGCAGAUAAACCGGAAUGUGUUAAAGCCCUACUUUUGAUUGGGGCUGAUGUGAAUAUACCACCUACUGAUGGUGAACCAACCAGCCCUGGAUAUGUUGGGGACUUUUUACAUGACAAACCAAACGCAUUUUAUUCUCAAGAUAUGAAGUUUGGAGGAACUCCUUUACACUGGUCACCCAGUAGAGGAGUAAUCGAUGCACUGAUAGAGACAAAUUGUGAUAUUGAUGCUUUGAAUUUUGAUGGAAGAACUGCGCUCCAUAUCAUGGUUUUGAGAAAACGACUAGAUUGUACCGUCGCUCUUCUCAGUCACAUGGCAUCGGUCAAUAUGGUUGAUAAGGAAGGGAAUACUCCGCUACAUAUAGCAAUCACUCACGGCACUCCUGCCAUUGUUCAGGCCCUUCUAGGAUUCGGGGCUGACAUUAAUGCCACUAAUUAUAAAAGAGAAACUGCAAGGCAUCUCGUUAGCAUCGAAAAUAAUCCUGAGGGUCUUAAAACGUUGUAUAUUUUACAUGCCGUUGGAGCCCUACGAUGCGCUCCUUAUAUGGAAGGAUGUCACAUAGGAUGCCGAUUCAGUGAAAAUUUUAAUGGAGAAGCGCCACCUGAACCCCCAUCUGCUGUUCCAAGGACCGUUUUAGAUCAAAUGCUUUACGUUGCCGGGAUGGAAAAGCUUGCCAUGGAAGGAGAAAAGAAAGUGGAAGGUGGACGAUUGCUGUGUUUGGAUGGUGGUGGAAUCCGUGGUUUAGUUUUGGUGCAGACGUUACUCGAGAUUGAAUCUGUUAUCAAUAAGCCUGUGGUUAACUGCUUUGAUUGGAUCGCAGGAACUUCUACAGGGGGAAUUUUGGGGCUGGGAUUGGCAACUGGUAAAAGUUUGAAGGAGUGCCAAGCACUGUAUUUCCGUAUAAAAGAUAAUGCUUUUGUCGGAUCUCGUCCCUACUCUAGUGAGGGCUUAGAGAAUAUCCUGAAAACUGCAUUAGGAGAGCAGACUGUAAUGGCAGACGUAAAACAGCCGAAAUUGAUGAUUAGCGGAGUCUUGGCUGAUCGUAAGCCCGUCGAUUUACAUUUAUUCAGAAACUACGACUCUCCGAGUACUUUGUUGGAGGUCCCUCCCAGCGGAAAGUUUCGUGAGACUCCAAAGCCAGAUAAACAACUUAUGUGGCGGGCGGCAAGAGCUACUGGUGCAGCGCCCUCAUAUUUCAGAGCAUUUGGAAGAUUUCUGGACGGAGGUUUGAUCGCAAAUAAUCCAACGCUCGACGCCCUAACGGAAAUUCACGAAUAUAAUCUCGCUCUAAGAGCGGUUGGAAGAGAGAACGAAGUCAAGCCUGUCACUGUAGUGGUUUCUUUGGGAACUGGAUUGAUUCCUGUGUCCCCGUUGACGGAUAUUGAUGUUUUUAGACCUGAGAGUCUUUGGGAUACAGCAAAACUGGCUAUGGGAAUGUCAGCACUGGGUACCCUCUUGGUAGAUCAAGCAACCGCUAGUGAUGGAAGAGUUGUGGAUAGAGCGAGAACAUGGUGUUCUAUGAUUGGAGUACCUUAUUACAGAUUUAAUCCGCAAAUGUCAUCUGAUAUCGCAAUGGACGAGAGAAGUGAUGAAGUAUUAGUAAACAUGAUAUGGGAAGCUAAAGCCUUCAUGCAUGCCAAUAGGGAUCAAGUUAAGGAGCUAGCUGCUGUUCUUGAUAGCCAAUAGCUCAUUAUAGAUGAAUAUUUUCACUAAUGAUAAUAGUAAUUCCAAUGCUCUUAUUUAAAUGUGUGUCCCUGGUGGAACUACUUAUCUAAUUACUGUUCACUGUGCAAUAUAAUUGUUGUGAUUACCUGAUAUUAUUACAGAUUUUAAAGUAAUAUUUAUUUAGAAGGAAAUUCUCGUUUUUUCCACAAUAAAACAUAGAUUUCAAGAAGUUAUAAUUCUUACUUUAUUCUGGCAAAGAAGUAUAUUGUAAUGUGAUGUGAAAUUGAACGCGACAGUGUAGUAAUUCGGUGUCAUGAAAUAAAUUCUCGCAGUUC